AUUAUUAGCGCUCUUUAGCGUUUGCUAGCUCAAAAAAUACAUACACUAACACCAAGUGUGUUAAGUACCUCUCUUCUGCUCCGUCUUUUCUUUGUUUUGUUGCUUAUUAGUUCGACACUGCAACUGAACUGAUCGAGCUAUAUACAUGCCGAGAAAAGGGAUGAGAAGCUUGUUCUUUUCGUCCAAGGCAUCCGCGUCUUCCUUGUCUCAGAAUUAUCCAUCCACCCCGGCGCGGAUUUCAUCCGACGCGUCCAUGGAGCGGAUCCUGACGAUCUCGGAAUCUGUUAUUGGGAAAUGGAACUCGGACGCUUCCUCGUACGCCAGGGUCACCUCCCUCUUCUACGAGAACCGGAGGGAAGCCAGGGACUUCAUCAGGUGCGUCAACGAGCUGCAGAGAUGCAUGCACUCGCUGGUCGCCGAGGACGCCAACUCGGAGAAGCUCGUCCGCGGCCAGUGCCUGAUGGAGGUCGCCAUGAAGCGGCUUCAGAAGGAGUUUUACCAGAUCUUGUCGAUGAACCGAGCUCACCUGGAUCCGGAGUCCGUCUCGGCCAGGUCGUCUCGCGCCUCCACGCUAUCCAGCUUGUCGGACUACGAGGACGAGGACGUCCUGGCCGAGGACGACAUUCGGGUUGCUGGCGAAUCGAUCUCGGAAGUCGAGGACGUGUCCAACGUCGCCAUGGCUGAUUUGAGAGCCAUCGCGGAGUGCAUGAUAUCCUCCGGUUACGCCAAAGAGUGCGUGAAGAUAUACAAAAUAAUACGAAAAUCGAUCGUCGACGAAGGCAUAUACAAGCUCGGAGUUGAGAAAAUGAGUUCGUCUCACAUCCAAAAGAUGGAUUGGAACUCAUUGGAGUUGAGGAUCAACAACUGGUUGAGCGGCGUGAAGAUCGCCGUGAAGACGCUCUUCAACGGGGAGAGAAUCCUCUGCGACCACGUCUUCGCCGCCUCGGACUCCAUCCGGGAGUCGUGCUUCGCCGAGAUCACCAGAGAAGGCGCCCAGAUCCUGUUCGGAUUCCCGGAACCCGUGGCCAAGAUCGGAAAGAAGAAAGACUCGCCGGAAAAAGUGUUCCGGUUACUCGACAUGUACACGGCGAUCUCCGGUCAGUGGCCUGACAUCGAGUCAAUCUUCUCGUUCGAGUCCACGUCGGCCGUCCUGUCGCAGGCCAUCGCUUCCCUCAUCAGACUCGGCGAGUCAGUACGAGCCAUGCUCACCGAGUUCGAAGCAACAAUCCACAAGGACUCGUCGAAAUCUCCCGUACCAGGCGGCGGCGUACACCCGCUGACCGUGCGCGUCACGGAUUACGUCACGCUCCUGGCCGAUUACAGCAACGUGCUGGCCGACAUCCUCGCCGGCCACCCCCCGCCGUCGAAGUCUUCCUUGCCGGAGUCCUACUUCGACACGUCCUACUCCGACGACUUCCCGGAGCCGGCGAUCUCCCUCCGGUUCGCGUGGCUGAUCCUCGUCCUGUUGUGCAAACUCGACGGCAAAGCGAAGCAUCACAAGGAAGUCUCUCUCUCUUACCUCUUUCUAGCCAACAACCUCCAGCACAUCGUCAACAGGGUCCGCACGUCCAACGUCAAGUACUUGCUCGGCGACGAGUGGGUGGCUAGUCACGAGGCCAAGGUCAAGCAAUUCGCGGCGAACUACGAGCGGCUGGGAUGGGGCGGCGUCAUCGGGUCCCUGCCGGAGGAUCCGACGGCGGCGAUGCCCGUCGCGAAAGCGAAGGAGUGCUUCAGGAGAUUCAAUACGAGUUUCGAGCAGGCGCACCGUAAGCAGUCGGUGUGCGUCGUGCAGGAUAGCAAGCUCCGCGACGAGAUCAAGGUUUCGAUAGCGAGGAAGGUCGUCGGGGCGUACAGGGAGUUCUACGACGCGAACAGGGCGGUGUGGAGGGGGGAGAGGGAUUUGGUCAGAUAUGCCCCUGAGGAUGUGGGGAAUUACCUGUCGGAUCUGUUCUUCGGAGGUGCUGGGUCGGGGAGUUCUUCGUCAUUGUCGUCUACUUCAAACUCGUCGCAUUCGCGGCCGUUACGGUCUCGUUAAGAAAGCUGUUGAUUACGUAAAUAAUAACGACGGUUGUUGUAAGCACGAGUUCCCUGUCUGUCUUAACGGAUUUGAGGAAAUAUUUUGGGAGUAAUUAUUCAGGAGUCCACCGCUCGGCCAUUUCAAAACCACAUAUUCAUAAGAUGUUUAUACACUUAGUCGUGAAUUUUACGAGAAUGUGUGGUUGUAAAGUAAUACGAGCUAUCGGACUACUGAAUAAUUUCACCUAUAUUAGAGGUAUAUAACUGUUGGUGGUGUAAAAUAAUUACUAUAAGUGGCUACGUUUUGUGAUUAUGUGGUUAAUUAAUUAUCCCUUGGAGGAUUUGGCUUUCCUUUCAGGAUUUGUAUCCUCUAUUUUGUAGAAAAUUAAGCUGUUCUUAUACAAAUUUUGUAC